GCUAACAACCAAAAUGAAAAACGUUCUAUUGAUUGCCUUUUUUGCCACACUUUCGUCGUCUUGGGCGAAUUUUCUAACCACCGAAUUCAUCCAAUCCAUCAACGAAAAACAAACCACGUGGAAAGCUGGAAGGAAUUUUCCAGAAGAUACACCGAUAGAGCAGCUCAGGCGUCUAAAUGGAGCACGUAGUGACAAUCUCACUGACGUCCCAAUCAAAAUCCAUGUAGUGAACCCUGACGAUAUUCCAGAGUUUUUCGACUCCAGAGAACAGUGGCCGAAUUGUGACUCCAUCAAGACUAUCAGAGACCAAGGACAAUGUGGAUCGUGCUGGGCAUUUGCUGCUUCCCAAACUAUAACCGAUAGACAAUGCAUUGCCACAAAUGGUACAGUCGAGUUUGAGUUUUCGCCUGAAGAGUUAAUUUCGUGUUGUCUGGACUGUGGCGAUGGGUGCGACGGGGGUUACCAUUACAAGGCUUUCGAGUACUGGAUCUCUGAAGGGCUAGUUUCAGGAGGGGACUAUAAUUCGAACGAAGGGUGCCAACCUUACGUCGAGGAAGCGUACAAAAAAGGGGUCACCCCUCAAUGUCAAACCCAGUGUGUGGGUUCGUAUGAUGGUACCUACACUCAAGACAAACACUUUGGGCUAAAUCGUUACCGGAUUGAUAAAGACGUGCCACAAAUUCAAACCGAAAUUAUGACUAAUGGACCCUUGGAUGGUGGUUUUGCGGUUCACGAUGACUUUUUUAGCUACAAGUCGGGGGUUUAUCAAUACACCUCUGGAAAGUUCGCUGGUUCACACAAUGUCAAGAUUGUGGGGUGGGGAACCGAAGACGGGACUCCUUAUUGGCUGGUUGCUAACUCGUGGGGUGCUGGAUGGGGCGACCUGGAAGGAUUUUUCAAAAUUCUGAGAGGCGAGAACCAUUGUGGUGUUGAAGGCGACAUUCUCGCUGGAGAACCAAAAAUCUAACCUAAAUUGUCUGAACUUUUG